CGUCGCGGCAGUUUUCAUGUUGCAGGGCGCUGAUUGGCCCGGCUGGAUGUGGGACCGGUGAUAGCUUCUGAUUGGUGGACCAUGGUUGGCAGGGCUACCAUGCAAGUCACGUGUAUUAUAGGUUAGUUGGACCCGCUUUCUGGUUCGCUGAGUCAGCAGGGAGCCUGGCCGAGUCACGGGAGAGUCACGGGGAGGGUCACCAACCAAAAUGGGCUGCACUGCGAUGCUUCAAAAGUCGAACUAAUACCAAUCUAAGCUAUACAUCAUCAUCGUCAAUCCCCCUUUGGAUUGUUGAUCUGAUAGUGUCUACUAUAUUCCUGAAAUUAUACGCCCCUCGCCACCUUCAGCAAGAAUCAAUUGCGAACACGCUGCAUCGGUGCCUGGCUUAUUGAAUCCCGGUCCUCGCCAUAUCAACACCGCCAAACCGUCCCCGCAACAUAUCGGCAUUCCCAGCAUUGACCACCUGUGCCAUGCAGGGUGGGCUCCAGUGACCCUCUGCAUGACAGCCGGAUCCCAUUUAGUGGACUAUCCUGACUAUUAGCAAUGCCAUUGAUCAUGGAGGAAGCUAUCAAUGUCGACGACCUCUUCGGUGAGGCCCAUUCCUUGGAUCUGGGGUUACCCCCGGCACCGGCCCCGCCCACCAAAGGGCUGGCACAAUGUCUCGAUGAGAUGCGCCUGCUGGGUUGUCGCCAGAAGGUGGCCUGGUCCCGGCUAGGAGGCAUAGCCUACAUCGCCUCCGAUGGAGUGCGAGUAUGUGUGCGGAACCUUCAAUCCCGUUCUUCGGAUGGGAAAUGGGUUCUGAGUGAUGAGUUUCCUCUGGGCCCGGUCACCGAAGCCCAUAAUGGCAAUCUGCUGCUUCAUCUCUCCUGGAACGAUGCCGGAUCGGAGCUGGCCGUCGUGGACUGUUUGGGUCGAGUGUCUAUAUAUUCAGUCUUCAUGGCCUUAAAUAAUAUUACGGGCCUGCGCCAGGCAACGUACGACUCCAGCGAUGAUAGUAAUCAGAUUGUCGGCCUGAUGUGGCUCAACCCUGGGCGUCAGGUACAUGCUUUCCAACAAGCAGCAAAACUUAACAACAGAUGGGCAUAUUCCCCAUUCCGCUGGCGUCCGACUCACCCCUCUCAUCCUGCCGGGAAAAGUUCGUUGAUCUCUGUCACACGAGCAGGUCAGAUCAAACUGAUGUACCAGAAUAUGGAUGGCAAGUGGGCUGAGGUCCCUGCCGAAUUGAAGAAUACCGGAUAUUCGGACCGUUUGUUGACACAUGCAGCUAUGGUCGCCACGCAAGGAACCAUUUUGCUGGCUACUUACUCUGUAUGUCAGAAAAUCUGUCUAUACCGAGUGGAAGUUUCUUGGAACCCCAACAAAUGGGACCCCACCGCAAUCAGGAGCCCUAACAAAUGGCCGAUCCCCUCCCUUCGCCUCCUCCACUACAAGAUCGAUAUGCCCAGCAGUAUCUUGAGCGUCAACCUCGGCUCUGAAGAACACUCAGAUCAACCUCUGCCGUUUCCCAAUUCGGUAUACUCGUUGACCCGGCUUGAAGUCAUCCCCGGACAGGUCGAUAGCCCUACGGGGCCAACUACCACCAGCCCUUGGAUUCUUGGGGUCUUCUCCAAACCCCUCCAUGCCACACCAGAAUAUCCAGACCAGCAAGGUCCUCUCAGUGUGAUUGUUCGAUGGCAACUAGAUUCUUCACUGCAGACAUUCCACCCCAAAUUCGACGAAGUUGCGUCAAAGAAGAGCAAUGCACAGGCUAAGCCGAAAAUCGAGAUGCGCCGACUCGAAGACAUUCACCUGCAUAAAUAUAUUGUUUCAGUAGACCUGAUGGAGCACGUUACGGCUCCUGCCCUGGCACUUACACAUGAUGAUGGUUCGAUUACGUUCUACGAGACGAAGACCAUGACUAUGUUCAAUGGGUUGGACGAUGCCAAUACGGUUAAUUGCUUGGCCCAGGCAGGGUUCCAGUAUCCAAUGGACACACCAGGUCUUUCUAUCGCGUUCUCUCCAAACUCUUGCGCCGCUGUAGCAUUGGACAGCGAUGGAAAACCUCGGCUGAGAUGGAUGGAGCAUACCUUCGGAUCCAGCGGUGGGCUUUAUGAUGAGAGUAAAUUCUCAGCUGCGAUUGCGGCAUUGACUCUGGCUUUCAGCCGUGGCUCUGGCAGUGAUGCCAAUACGGACGACAUUCUGAUGAUUGUCCUGGGCCAGCUUUCUCCCGAAAACCAGUCCACCUUCAUCAGCGAAGUGUACCGCGCAUUAUCUGUCAACUGCAACUUCACCGUUGAACAGGAAAAGCUUUUGACACAUGCAUACAUCCCGCGAGCACUUAGCCUACAAACAAGUCUAGGCUUCAAGGGAAGAAGCCCUUCCCGGAGUCUGUCUUCGGCUAUUUCUUGGGCUAUCCUGCAACUACGACAUUCAUCCGUGCUCUAUGCAGCCUACUUCCAAAAUAGCAAGAAUGUCCCGGCCGAGGCCCACGAUUCAGGAAUUCUACAUGCCCUUCUAGGAAACACAAAAUGGGCUCUCGACUUCUCCCACUACGUCCUAAGCGAGGUCUUCGAUCUAGCAGAUGACUUUGAAAAUGUUCUUCAUGACUCGGAAGCAUUUACUCAAAAACUGAAAACAACAACAUCCCUCCCCCUCCUCAUCCUCCUCUCUAGCAUGUCUCGCGCGUUCAUGCGCUUCAUCUGUCGCGGCCUCCGCGGUCUCCGCAACGGCUUCGAACAAAUCAAUCCAGCAAUGCUCGAACCCGAAUCCCGCUUCUACUACAUCGACAUCUGCCAAGCCCUCGAAACCUCCCCGGUCCGCGUGGACAUCUACGAAAAAUUCCUAGCGGGUGUGGACUCCGCCGUUAAACACGCCUACCAAGGCUCCGGCUUCGGAGACGCCGAGCGACCAAGUCCGGAAAAAGAACUUCUCGUGAACGCACGUAUCCCGCCCGUCCUCAUCUCCGCCGUUGAAACACUGCUCAGUCAGACUGUGCCGUCGAUUCGAUCAGAGAUUAAUCGGAAGGACAUCGUGCUGGGGGAUUACAGUUGGCUCGGUUUCGGGAAUGACCCGCGGACGGUGGCGUAUCGGAAGCGUCGUGAUGUUGAUAUCUUAAUGAAACUCCCUCUACGGCCUGUGGCUGCGAGUCGAGAAAUUUCGGGCCCGGCGCAGAUGUUGAGGAGACGCCGGUGCGUGCGUUGUUGUGAGGUCUCUGGGGAUGGAGGCCGGCCAAGGACGGGUCCUUGGACGAAGAUGAUGCAUCGGCUCAAUUUGCUUCGGACUUGUGCUUGUGGUGGGGCGUGGGUUAUGGAGAUUCCUGAAACUGGUGCUGAUGGGGCACCGGUGACGGGGCAUGUGUCGACGUCGAGGGCUGUGGGUGUUAUGGGGUCAGGGUAGGGAGGUAGGCCUUUGAGUUUGCUUUGGUAUCAUGCGAUAGAACAUUUUUUAUGACCAGUUAUGGAAUGCAUGUUGCUAUACCGGAGAAUGUUGCGAUGAGAAAGAAGGUUAGAUACAAGGCGGAGACUACUUCUUCCGAUAGCAGAUGGUAUAUGCAUACUCGGAUCGAGAACCAUACUCAUAACACUACAAAAGAAUCUCGUA